UGAGCAGUUGUCUAGUAGAGGUGGAAACGGUGGUCUGAAACAUGGGGGCAGUAGGAGUGGUAGUGUUGGCUUUAUGCGUCUUGGCUACGGCCAGUUCUGAAGUGGACAAUCUAUUAGGUAAUAUGGAUAUCAAACAGAGAGAGGUGAUGAUUCUAAAAUUAUUGAAUCAUGUUACGGAACCGGUAAUGUAUAAGGAAAUUCAGGACAUCGGCGUUAACUUUAAAUUGGAGGAAAAUGUGGAAUUAUUCACAAAAACCGAUGUUGUCAAACGCUUUGUUAAUUUGGUAAAAGUUGGACUACUACCCCGUGGUGAAGUUUUCACACUUUCCGCUGUACGUCAAAUGGAUGAAGUGAUCACCGCAUUUCACGUUCUGUACUACGCCAAAGAUUUUGCCACAUUCAUCAAAACUGCGUCUUGGAUGCGCCUGAACGUUAACGAAGGCAUGUUUGUUUAUGCUCUGACCAUUGCAGUCAGACAUCGUCUUGAUUGCAAGGGAAUCAUUUUACCUCCACCAUACGAAAUUUAUCCAUACUUCUUUGUCCGCGGAGACGUGAUCCAGAAAUCUUACUUGCUCAAAAUGAAGAAAGGCCUUUUAGACGACAAUCUCAGUGAACACUAUGGGAUUAAAAAAACAGAUAAAAAUAUCUACAUUAUAGAUGAAAAUAUGUAUGAUACACGAGUCUUUCUAAAUAGUGAAGAUAAACUUAGAUACUUUACUGAAGAUAUAGACCUAAACACUUACUACUACUAUUUCCAUGUCGACUACCCAUUCUGGAUGAAGGAUGAUGUGAUGAAUAAGGUAAAUAAAGUGAGACGGUUUGAACUCACUAUAUACAUAUACCAACAAAUACUUGCAAGGUAUAACCUUGAACGUCUCGCUAAUGGAUUGCCGACAGUAAAACCAUUGGUGCUAGACGAACCUAUAGAAAAGGGAUAUUGGCCGUGGUUAGUCUUACAUAACGGAGUUCAAAUGCCCAUGAGGAUGAAUAACGUAGAUUUCAUUACAGAAGAUACUAUAGAUAAUUUGGUUCUAGUAGAGACCUAUGAAACGAUGAUUAAAGAAGCUAUCAUUAAAGGAUUUAUUAUAAUUGAUGGUAUUCGACUUGAUUUAACUAAACCAGAAGACAUCGAAAAUCUUGGCAGACUAAUUUAUAGCAACAUUCAAACACGUGGUGUAACAAAUCUUAAUAUGGUGAAGUAUCCAGCUUAUGAGUAUCUGCUUCUAAUCAUGAAAUCUGUUCUUGGUUUAAACUCAAAUGUUCCUGAUGGAUUAUUUGUGUCCACUACAGUCCUAGAACAUUAUGAGACUGCUCUUCGAGAUCCUGUAUUUUACCAACUGCAAAAACGUCUCCUUGAUAUUGUCAUUUUGUUCAAACUACGUCUUCCCAGUUACACUAAAGAAGAGCUUGGAUUUCCUGGAGUAAGAGUAGAGAAUGUAGUAGUUGAUAAACUUGUAACGUACUUUGAUGACUAUUUAAUGGAUGUUACAAAUGUGGUCAAACUGACUGAAGAAGAACUUAAGAAGAGCACUUCCGAUGUAAAACUCAUGGUACGCAAACAACGUCUCAACCACCAGCCCUUCAAAAUCAAUAUCGAUGUUAUUUCUGAUAAAACGGUUGAUAGUGUUAUUAGAAUAUUUUUGGGACCAAAACUUGAUAGUUUUGGACGACCGAUAGAUAUUAACAAGAAUCGAUUGAACUUUGUCGAAAUUGAUAGCUUUCUCUAUAAAUUAACUACUGGAAAGAAUACGAUUGUCAGGAACUCAGUAGAUAUGCACAAUUUAGUUAGCGACCGUAUAAUGACACAUGAUAUCUGGAAAAAGAUUGAAAGUAUGACUAAUUACGAGGAUCUAAUUGUUAAGGAUUUGAGAAAUUUUCAGACUGGAUUCCCAACGAGACUAGUUCUACCGAGAGGCCGUAUUGGCGGCAUGGAUGUUAUAUUGUAUAUAAUUGUCAGUCCAUUGAAAAUUAUAGAUAAUAUUAAUAUAAACGUACUUGAUGUAAAUCGUAAAAAUUUAGUUGUCGACUUUAGAUCAACUGUCCUAUUAGACAAAAUGCCACUUGGUUUCCCAUUCGACCGACCCAUCGAGCCAGUCAAAUUCUUAGCAUCUAAUAUGAAAUUUAUGGAUGUGACGAUCUUCCACAAAAAACAGGUGUCUGAUAUGAAAAUGCGAUGGGAACGAUGGGUGCUGAGGGAUUAUAUGAUGGAGAUGACACCAGCCUACCUAGAUACAAAAAUUCUUAAUCAGGGAGUAAAUUUAGUUGAUUUGUUACAAUAACAUAAUGCAUUUUAUUAAAACUAUAAGUAGAAACUUGAUAUAUACAUAGCAUAUAAAAUGUAAAUAAUAAACUGGCAAUUAUUUGA